AUGAUUCACAUGCAUCUCUCCACGGCCAUCUCUGCUGCUAUACUUCCAGAUCCACCCUUUCACACCCCCAAAAUCGAUGGCAUGGAUGAUUAUGGAAAUCCUCGACAGAGUGGACAAUUCAACAGAAACUGUGAAAAUGGGAGAAAGCCAGCUUUGGACAGUCAAGUUGUAGAAAGGAGGAAAUCUGAGGCUUCCAUUGAGCCAUCCAUCACUGCCAAGGACAGUAAGAGUCAGCAACCAAGGAAAAAUAAGGUUGCUGUGAGGCUAAAUAAACCAGAAACUGCUGAUAAUGGCCCUGUCAGACCCCCAAAAUCAACUAUGCAGCGAAAAAGCAAUACGGAGCCAAAGAUGCAGCCAAAAAUAGAGAACAAUACAAUCCCAAAGAAGCCUCCUAUGAUUCAGAAAGAUAAAUCCAAGUUUUCAGAUGAAGUUGCA